CGGAGGAGGCGGUGGUGUAGUGAAGAUCCUGAGCUGCAGGAGAAGCGAGAGUUCAGACGCUGCUCGGUUGAGCGACACGAACGCAUCAAGCAAGGAAACUUCCAUUCUGUACGGCAGAAGUUUCUGUUUCUUUUUCUAUCCUUUCUUUUUUUUUUUUGCGGAAAGCCAGACAACAUGCCCGCGACGGAGAAAGACCUGGCCGAGGACGCGCCGUGGAAGAAGAUCCAGCAGAACACGUUCACGCGCUGGUGCAACGAGCACCUGAAGUGCGUGAACAAGCGGAUAGCUGACCUGCAGAUGGACCUGAAUGACGGGCUGCGGCUCAUCGCCCUGCUCGAGGUGCUCAGCCAGAAGAAGAUGUACCGGAAGUACCACGCCAGGCCCACCUUUCGCCAGAUGAAGCUGGAGAACGUGUCCGUGGCGCUCGAGUUUCUGGACCGCGAGAACAUUCGCCUCGUCUCCAUAGACAGUAAAGCAAUCGUGGACGGAAACCUGAAGCUGAUCCUGGGUCUGGUCUGGACACUCAUUCUGCACUACUCCAUCUCCAUGCCCAUGUGGGAAGAAGACGAGGACGAAGAUUCUAAAAAGGCGACACCCAAGCAGAGGCUCUUGACCUGGGUCCAGAACAAAGUCCCUGACCUGCCCAUCAGUAACUUCAGUCAGGACUGGAGGGAUGGCAGGGCUCUGGGAGCUUUAGUGGACAGCUGUGCUCCAGGUUUGUGUCCUGACUGGGAGACAUGGGACCCAGUGAAGCCAGUGGAAAAUGCUACAGAAGCCAUGCAGCUGGCUGACGAUUGGUUGGGAAUCCCUCAGGUGAUCGCUCCUGAAGAGAUCAUUGACCCAAGUGUGGAUGAGCAGUCUGUCAUGACAUACCUGUCGCAGUUCCCCAAGGCCAAACUCAAACCUGGAGCACCUCUCAAGCCUAAACUCAACCCCAAAAAGGCCCGUGCUUAUGGCCCAGGUAUUGAGCCGGUGGGUAACAGAGUGAUGCAGCCGGCUGUAUUCACUGUGGACACGUUUAGCGCAGGACAGGGACAGGUCACUGUCUACAUUGAGGACCCUGAGGGCAGGAGGGAAGAGGUCAAGGCUGUUCUCAACGAAGGCAAAAAGACCUACAAUGUAACAUACAUUCCUCAAGUGAUGGGACCUCACAAGGUGACUGUGCUGUUUGCUGGCCAAGAAAUUCCCAAAAGCCCUUUCGAAGUAAACGUGGACAAGGCUCAGGGUGACCCCACCAAGGUCACAGCCAAAGGCCCUGGUCUUGAACCAGUGGGCAUCAUUGCGAAUAAACCCACUUACUUUGACAUCUACACAGCAGGUGCUGGUGUGGGUGAUGUAACCGCUGUGAUUAAGGACCCCCAGGGCAAUAAGAACACUGUGGAGGUCAUGAUGGAGGACAAGGGUGACAGUGUGUUUCGCUGCACGUACAGACCCGUUCAGGCCGGUCCUCACACAGUCGCUAUCAUGUUUGGAGGCAUCGCCAUUCCCAAGAGUCCUUACUCUGUGAACGUUGGUCCAGCGUCCACCCCCAGCGCUUGCAGAGCGACCGGCAGAGGCCUGCAGCCCCGAGGAGUACGUGUACGCCAAGUGGCCGACUUCAAGGUGGACACAAGAAACGCAGGCAGUGGUGAUCUGAAGGUCACAGUAAAGGGUCCUAAAGGCCUAGACGAGCAGGUGAAACUGAAAGAAGCCAUGGACGGCGUCUACGCUUAUGAGUAUUAUCCGAACGCUCAGGGCAAGUACACAGUGAGCAUCACGUGGGGUGGACAGCACAUUCCCAAGAGUCCUUUCGAGGUUCUGGUCAGUCCUGAAGCCGGGCCGCAGAAGAUCCGAGCUUGGGGCCCGGGUCUGGAAGAAGGCAUUGUGGGGAAGUCGGCUGACUUUGUGGUCGAGUCUGUUGGCACAGAUGUAGGAGUGCUGGGCUUUGCCAUUGAGGGUCCUUCUCAAGCCCGGAUCGAGUGUGAGGAUCAGAAUGACGGAUCCUGUGACGUCAGGUAUUGGCCUACCGAGCCCGGCGAGUAUGCCGUCCACAUUAUGUGUGACGAUGAGGACAUCGAAGAGAGUCCGUUCAUGGCUUACAUCAUUCCUGACAAUAAAGAAAGCAAUCCUGACCAGGUUAAAGCUUAUGGUCCAGGCCUGGAGAAGACCGGCUGCAUCAUCAACAAGCCUGCAGAGUUCACGGUCGAGGCCAAAGACGCUGGAAAUGGUCCCCUAAAGAUCCUCGCCCAGGACGCGGACGGUAAGCCCAUCGACGUGAAGGUGAAAAGUAAAGGAGACGGUGUGUACUCCUGCUCCUACACUCCAACCUCCGCUAUCAAACACACAGUGGCGGUCACUUGGGGAGGGAUCAACGUUUCCAACAGCCCUUUCAGGGUUCAAGUUGGAAAGGGCAGUCACCCUCACAAGGUGAAAGUGUUCGGUCCGGGAGUGGAGAGAACUGGCCUGAAAGCUCACGAGCCCACACACUUCACUGUAGAUUGCACAGAAGCUGGAGAAGGUGACGUCAGCGUGGGUAUUAAGUGUGACGCGAAUGUGAUCAGCGAUAAAGAAGAAGACGUCGAAUUCGAUAUCAUUCCCAAUGCCAAUGACACCAUUACCGUCAAGUACAUCCCACCAGGGCCCGGACGUCUCACCAUUAAAGUCCUUUUUACAGAUCAAGAAAUUCCUGCCAGUCCAUUCCGUGUCAAAGUGGAUCCAUCGCACGAUGCGUCCAAAGUUAAGGCCGAGGGUCCUGGAAUCGCUCGAGCAGGUGUGGAGAGUGCCAGGCCCACUCAUUUCACCGUCUUCACCAAAGGAGCAGGGAAAGCACCGGUGGAUGUCCAGUUCUCCGGUCCAAACAGAGGACAAGCUGUGCGAGAUUUUGAGAUCAUCAACAACUUCGAUUAUUCCUACACUGUCAAGUACACACCAGUCCAGCAGGGAGAAAUGGUGAUCAUUGUGACUUUUGGAGGUGACCCCAUCUCUAAAAGUCCAUUUGCUGUGGGAGUGGGAGCACCACUUGACCUCAGCAAAAUCGAAGUGGACGGCCUGGAAAGCAGAGUCGAGGUCGGUCAGGAUCAGGAAUUUGCAGUAGGCACUCAGAAUGCCGGUGGUCAGGGCAAACUGGAAGCUCGGAUUACCAGCCCAACAGGCAAAUCUGUGCCUUGUGUAAUGGAGCCACAGCUUGGUAAAGGAGCCAGCCUUGUCCGAUACAUCCCAAAAGAGGAGGGUGCCUAUGCUGUAGAGGUCUUCUAUGAUGGCAACCCAGUGCCAGGGAGCCCUUUUACUGUGGAUGCUACACUGCCACCUGAUCCCAGCAAGGUCAAAGCUUAUGGUCCAGGGUUGAAAGGAGGAUUGGUUGGGAGUCCUGCGGAAUUCACAAUCGACACCAAUGGCGCAGGAACAGGUGGCCUUGGUCUGACUGUAGAGGGUCCCACCGAAGCCAAAAUCGAGUGUUCGGAUAACGGUGACUGCACAUGCUCCGUAUCCUACCUUCCCACUGAGCCUGGCGAAUACCUUGUUAACAUCUUGUUUGAAAACACACACAUACCCGGAUCUCCUUUCCACGCUGACAUCCAGUACCCCUUUGACCCCUCAAAGGUGGUGGCCUCAGGUUCAGGGCUGAAACGUGGUAAAGUGGGCGAGAUCAGCGUGCUCAACGUGGACUGUGCCAAAGCCGGGCCUGGAAAGUUGACGUUGGAGGCUGUGCCUGAUGUGGGCUCCAAGGCGAAGACAGAAGUGCUGGACAAUAAGGAUGGAACUUACACUGUGACUUACAUGCCACUGACAUCGGGCAUGUACACACUGUUGCUUAAGUAUGGAGGGAAGGCCGUCCCACAGUUCCCUGCCAAAGUGGUGGUGGAUCCAGCAGUCGACACCAGCAAGGUGAAGGUGUUUGGGCCAGGAGUGGUUGGUGAAGGUGUCUUUAGAGAGGCCACCACUGACUUCACUGUCGAUGCUCGGGCUUUGAACAAAGUAGGAGGACAGCACAUAAAAGCUGAGAUUAAGAACCCAUCUGGUGCUCCUACAGACUGCACCAUCGAUGACCAGGGCGAUGGCACUUAUAAAGUCGAGUAUACUCCAUUUGAGAAUGGUGUUCAUGCUAUCGAGGUGCUCUAUGAUGAGACUCCUCUGCCUAAGAGCCCGUUCCAGGUAGAAGUUAGUGAGGGUUGUGAUCCCACUCGAGUUGUAGCUGAAGGCCCUGGAUUGGAAGAAGCGCUAACCAACAAACCGAAUAAGUUCUCGAUAAUCACAAGGGGAGCUGGUAUCGGUGGCCUGGGCAUCACGGUUGAGGGCCCAUCUGAAUCCAAGAUGUCCUGCAAAGACAACAAGGAUGGCAGCUGUGAUGUCGAGUACACUCCUUACAUUCCUGGACCUUAUGAUGUGAACAUUACAUAUGGAGGACAGCACAUUCCAGGAAGUCCAUUCAGAGUGCCAGUUAAGGACAUGGUGGACUCUAGUAAAGUAAAGCUUUCAGGGCCUGGAGUGGGUUCAGCUGUUCGUGCCAAGAUCCCUCAGACUUUCACUGUGGAUUGCAGCAAGGCUGGAAUAGCACCAUUGUCUGUAGCUGUAACAGGCCCUAAAGGCGUGGCUGAGCCGGUUCAAGUAAAGGAUAACGGAGACGGAACGCACACCGUAGCAUACACGCCCUCUGUGGAAGGUCCUUACUCGGUAGCGGUCAAGUACGCAGAGGAAGAGAUCCCACGCAGCCCGUUUAAACUGCGUGUCCUGCCCACACACGACGCCAGUAAAGUUCGUGCCAGCGGGCCGGGACUGACUACAAGCCUGCCUGCCAGCCUCCCUGUCGAGUUUACCAUCGAUGCCAAGGAUGCAGGAGAGGGUCAGCUAUCAGUCGAGAUAACUGACAAAGAGGGAAAAGCGAAAAAGAUCAACGUUCAGGAUAACCAGGACGGGACAUACCAAGUGUCGUAUGUGCCCGAUAAAGUGGGACGCUACACCAUCGUCAUCAAAUAUGGAGGCGACGAGAUUCCGACUUCUCCGUAUAGAGUGCGGGCAACUACUACGGGAGACGCUAGCAAGUGCACAGCCACUGGUCCUGGCAUCGGGCCUACCAUCGGCAUUGGAGAAGAGGUGGGCUUUGUGGUGAACACGAAAGGUGCAGGGAAAGGGAAGGUCUCAUGCGUCGUGGUCACACCCGAUGGAACCGAGGUGGAGGCGGAGGUCAUCGAGAACGAGGACGGCACCUUCGACAUCUUCUACACUGCACUCAAGCCUGGGACCUACGUCAUCUACGUGCGAUUCGGUGGAGAAAACAUCCCUCACAGCCCUUUUAAAGUCAUGGCUACUGAUGAGGCUCCUUUGCUGCAGCAGCAGUCACUCCAGCAGAAUCAAGUCGCUCCAGGCGCCGGCUUCCAGCCCUGGGUCACGGAUGGUGCUUACGUUCCUGUGAGCAGUAUGAACGGCGCUGGCUUCCGGCCAUUCGACAUGGUGAUCCCCUUCACUCUUAGCAAGGGUGAAAUCACAGGCGAAGUUCACAUGCCAUCAGGCAAAACAGCUCAGCCCGAGAUCAUCGACAACAAGGACGGCACAGUCACUGUAAAAUAUGCUCCAACAGAGGCGGGACUCCACGAGAUGCACAUUAAAUACAAUGGCUUGCACAUACCAGAGAGUCCUCUACAGUUCUAUGUCAACAACGCUAACAGUCCCAAUGUGACCGCGAACGGCCCAGGCCUCGUGUAUGGUGUUGCUAACAAACCAGCUACUUUUACCAUCUACACUGAGGAUGCUGCAGAAGGUGGACUUGACCUGGCUGUCGAAGGCCCGUCAAAGGCAGAGAUCAGUUGCAUUGACAACAAGGAUGGCACUUGUACGGUCACGUAUAUUCCUACACUACCUGGAGAUUACAACAUUCUGGUGCGUUAUAAUGACAAGCACAUAGCUGGCAGCCCCUUUACUGCCAGGAUCACAGAAGACAACAAAAGGAGGUCUCAGGUAAAGCUGGGCUCAGCAGCUGACUUUGCACUGGAUAUCACAGAAACGGACCUCAGUCAGCUCACAGCUAGCAUCAAAGCUCCCUCAGGUCGUGAUGAACCCUGUCUCCUCAAGAGGCAGCCGAACAACCACAUUGGUAUUUCUUUCAUUCCCAGAGAAGUCGGCGAGCACUUGGUCAGCAUUAAGAAGAACGGACGCCAUGUUGCCAACAGUCCCAUCUCCAUCAUGGUGGUGCAGUCUGAGAUUGGAGACGCCAGCAGGGUGAAGGUGUUCGGGCCGGGCCUGGUGGAAGGUCACACAUUCCAGAUGGCUGACUUUAUAGUGGACACGAGAGAUGCUGGUUAUGGAGGACUGGCUCUGUCCAUUGAAGGCCCAAGCAAGGUGGACAUUCAGACAGAGGACAUGGACGAUGGGACCUGUGGUGUUGCCUACUGUCCUACAGAGCCCGGUACCUAUGUAGUGUCCAUUAGGUUUGCAGAAGAGCACGUUCCUGGGAGUCCAUUCAGUGUGAAAGUAACAGGAGAAGGACGAAUCCGUGAGAGUAUCAGCCACCGCCAACGAGCCGCUUCGGUUGCCACAGUUGGAAGUGCUUGUGAUCUUAACCUGAGGAUCCCAGAGAUCGACGUCCAUGACCUCUCUGCUCAGGUCACCAGCCCAUCAGGCACUACAGAACCUGCUGAGAUCGUAGCAGUGGGCAACCACACCUACUGUGUGCGCUUCGUCCCUCAUGAGAUGGGCGUGCAUACGGUAAAUGUGAAGUACCGCAGACAGCAUGUCCCAGGCAGCCCCUUCCAGUUCACUGUUGGCCCUCUGGGAGAAGGAGGGGCCCAGAAGGUGCGAGCAGGAGGCCCUGGGCUGGAGAAAGCAGAGAUUGGUGUUCCAGCCGAGUUCAGUAUCUGGACUCGUGAGGCGGGAGCUGGAAGUCUGUCCAUCGCUGUGGAGGGUCCCAGCCGAGCAGAAAUCUUUGAGGACAGGAAAGAUGGAUCAUGUGGCGUUUCUUAUGUAGCUCAGGAACCUGGUGACUAUGAGGUGUCUGUGAAAUUCAAUGACCAGCACAUCCCUGACAGCCCUUACCUGGUGCCCGUGUGUGCUCCUCCACACGAUGCCCGGCGCCUUACUGUUACCAGUCUUCAGGAGUCAGGCCUCAAAGUAAACCAGCCAGCUUCAUUCGCAGUGCGUCUAAACGGUGCUCAAGGCGCCAUCGACGCCAAAGUCCACAGUCCCUCCGGAGCUCUUGAGGAUUGUGUGGUUUCCGAACUAGAACAAGACAAGUACGCCAUCCGUUUUAUCCCACGAGAGAACGGCAUUCACGCUAUCGAUGUGAAGUUUAACAGCACGCACAUACCGGGCAGCCCAUUCCAGGUGAGAGUUGGGGAGCCAGGACAGGGCGGAGACGCUGGACUUGUUACUGCUUACGGCUCUGGAUUAGAAAGAGGAACUACAGGCAUCCAGUCUGAUUUCAUCAUCAACACCAGCAAAGCAGGACCAGGCUCCCUGGCAGUGACCGUUGAAGGACCUUCAAAAGUAAAGCUUGAGUGCCAGGAAUGUCCUGAAGGCUUCAGAGUGCACUACACACCAAUGGCCCCUGGAAACUACCUGAUCAGCAUCAAAUACGGUGGUCCUAAUCACAUCACAGGCAGUCCUUUCAAGGCCAAAGUUACAGGCUCCCGGCUUGUGAACGUAACCAACGCCAGCGAGACCUCCACACUGAUGGUGGAUCCUGCAGUCCGAGCGCACACUGCCAGCUCCUCCAGGGCUGCCUCUGAUGCCAGCAAAGUGACCAGUCGAGGCCCAGGUCUCAGCAAGGCCUAUGUGGGUCAGAAAGCCAGCUUCUCUGUGGACUGCAGCAAAGCGGGCAAGAACAUGCUUCUGGUUGGAGUUCUCGGACCUCAGACCCCGUGCGAGGAGAUCAUGGUCAAGCACGUGGGCAGCAUGCAGUACAACGUCAGCUACGUCCUGAAGGAGCGUGGAAACUACGUUCUGGCGGUGAAGUGGGGCGACGAACACAUCCCCGGCUCACCUUUCCAUAUCACAGUGCCUUAAAUCCGACGCUAAUAAUAACCAUCACGGGAGCAAUAAGAGAAAACACAGCCAAACCAUCCACCACUUAAUCACGCCUCAUAUCGAUGACUAAAUUGCACUUGAUUUUGUAGUUUGUACCUGAUGCUUGGACUGUGCUUAAGUUGCAAAUCCUUCGACAUGAUUGAUCAAGUUUCUUUCUCCAGGGGCACAAAAAACAGAUUUGCAAACGUAGAUGGUUGGAUUCAGGUGUCAGUCUGAAGAGUCUCCAUUCCAUUGAUCUCUUAUUUACUACUGAUGCUGUUAUUGUCUGGUUUUUAUUUUUCAUUAAUGUCUUCUUUUUUUUAUUAUUAUUCGAAUUCUCGUACCUGCUGCGUAACCUGGACUACUGCGAUUGUUUACAUGUUCAUGAAUCAAAUGAUGCUCCACUUAAGUUAAUGAUCGAACCACUUUGACAGCACAUUUAUAAUUCACUCGAUUAGAUCUUAAUCAUAUCCAAACUGUAUUUGGUUUAGUUCGAUAGCUGGACAAGAUGUGAAUAGCGAAGUGAUGGCGGAAGUGCAUGAAGAAUGCAUCCAGUCCAUAAUCAUGUUUUUUUUUUUAAUUAUUUUCUUUUUUUUUCAUUUGCAGCAUUGAACAAUGUUUGUUAAGCAAGUUUUUCUAACAGAGCAUUUAAAUUGAAAUAUCCACCCCUCCAGAACACGCAGUAUCUCUGAGUUUAAUAGCGGUUACAGUAGUGACAGAUUUACGAGGGUAUUUUCAUGUAUACUGGUAUUUGUCUUAUCUUAGUUUUGAUAAGGUAUAAAGUAUUUUUUUUUCUUAAGGUUUUAAAAGCAGAAAUGCUAUUAUUAGUCCCGGGUGCCUUAAUGUGAAAUGAUGUACAUUUUGGAAAUUUAAAACAAACUGGAAUAAAGAUUUAAAAGAAACAAAACACACAAAAAAA